UUGCAUGCAUCCCUGGGGAUUCAAGGUGGUGCAGGAUGUAUUGCAGUCCCAUAUUGACAGCAUCAUCCGCCGACCUGUUUGCCCUGUAGGCAAACUGCAGGAAGUCCAGCAGGGGUCCUGUUAUGUCUUUCAGGUGGCUCAACACCAGUCUUUCAAAGGAUUUCAUGACCACAGACGUCAGGGCGACGAUGAUGGUGGAGCAUUUGAAGAAGGAGGGCACUUCACACAGCUCCAGGGACCGGUUAAAGAUCUAUGUGAAUAUUGGCGCCAGCUGUUCAGCACGGACUUGCAUACAAGAGGGGGACACACCAUCAGGUCCUGGAGCCUUCUUGAUCUUCUACUUCUGAAAGAGCCAUCACACAUCCUUCUCACGGACUGUUACCGCAGGAGGGUGAUGUGGCCACUGAAAAUGAGUGAGAUCCCCUCAUCCACUCCAAGUAAGAUGGAUGGAAAAGCCAACACAUUCUUCCAAAAUUGGUUGGGGCUGCCAUGUUGCCUUUCUGAAACGGGCCUCUUCGGAAGGAACACCCUCCAGCUGCCGCUUCAAUCCAUCAGUUUGGGCUACAAGCAGGAAAAGACCAGGCUUGUUCUUGAGUUGAGAGAGUCCGCUGACCAGGCUGUAAAGAAUGCGAACCCCAAGGUUGAGACAGGCUGGAAGUGGAACGCAAACUGAGGUCGACCAAGCCAUCAGUCGUCUGCAACAUCAAGAGAUUGUCGGCAGAGUCCAGGCAGGAAGAGCAGGGCUAGGUCCAAGGCCAGCCGCAAAGAGAGGAAGGAGAUGGUGGUGGCAGAGGUGACAAGAAUUGAGGAAGAGAGCUACAAGAUCAAGGCUGUGUCGCAGGGUCAACAGGGAAGCUAGACAACUGAAACAUCACCUGGUCAGACCUGUGGAAGAUCCCACAGGCAAGGCUCAGCUUCCUCAUCCGCUCCCUGUCCUCGGAACCUUCACCAGUGGUUUGGGAGUGAGGAAUGCUGCACACUCUGCAAUACCCCUAAUGCAAGCCUCCCGCAUAUCUUGUCAGGCUAUAAGAUUGCGCUCGCGCCCAAGGACGCUACAGAUGGUGCCACAACCAGGUCCUGAGAAAGCUAGCCAAGGUGCUGGAGUGGCGUCAACAGGGCAGCAAAGGAGUACCAUCAGCAGAGAACCACAACCACAUCAGCUUUGUCACAGAAGAUGGGGGGAGAAGAAACAUCAGGCCAAGAGAAACACCUAUGCCAUUUUCCCCUACCAGGAGUGGAACAUGAGUCGACCUCAACAGGCAGCUCCGUUUCCCGGUCAAGAUCACUGCUACAUCUCUCCACCCCAACAUAGUUGUGUGGUUCACCAAGGCAAAAUCCAUGCUCCUUAUUGAGCUCACAAUACCAGCGGAGGGUGGGAUGGAGGCUACAUGGGGCUGUCAACCAUAUGCCUUCUGAGGGACGCAGGUGUGACUGGAGGGAACCUAAAGAAGGCAACCAAAGAGCUAGCGGAGGAGGCCAAGAAGGUGAGCUUUUGGCUCUGGCUGAGAAGGAAAGAUAGGAGCUGGGGAAAAAACAACUAAGCCCAACAACAACAGCCGCAGAGGGUAACACCUAUCAGCUGCAGGGGGUGACAGGGAGAUGUCCUUGUCACUGCUCCGCUACCAGGAGCCGUUCCAGGAUUAAAGGAGCGAAACGUUGGUGAUGGUUCCUGGCUGAUGACCCUGCAGCUGACCCAUGGGCACCGGAGGAGGUGCGACCGGCAGCAAUGCCUAGCAGAGCUUUGUUAGAGGCUUUGACCACUGGCAGCAGCCUCAGAAGAGCCUCUUCUGAAGCACCGUAUUUCUUAAGGUCAAACACGUCCAGAUCUUUCUCUGAUGACAGUAAGAUGAAGACCAGAGCUGACCACUGAGCAGGAGACAAUUUACCUCUGGAGAGACUUCCUGAACUCAGGUACUGUUGGAUCUCCUCUACUAGAGAGUGAUCAUUCAGUUCAUUCAGACAGUGGAACAGAUUGAUGCUUCUUUCUGAAGAGGAAUUCUUCCUGAUUUUCUUCUUGAUGUACUCAACUGUGUCUUGAUUGGUCUCUGAGCUACUUUCUCUCUGUGUCAGCAGUCCUCGUAAGCGAGUCUGAUUGGUCUGCAGUGAAAGACCCAGGAGGAAGCGGAGGAACAAGUCCAAGUGUCCAUUUGGACUCCUCAAGGCCUUGUCCACAACACUCUGGUAGAGAUAUGUCAGUGUAGAUCUUUUUUUAAAUGGUUUCAACCACCAUUUUGCUUCUGACAACAGAUUGACUCCAGAGUUGUUGAAGGUCAGAUGGACAUGAAAAGCAGCCAGAAACUCUUGAACACUCAGAUGGACGAAACUGAACACCUUGUCCUGGUAGAGUCCACUUUCCUCUUUAAAGAUCUGUGUGAACACUCCUGAGUACUUUGAGGCUGCUGUGAUAUCGAUGCCACACUCUGUCAGGUCUGAUUCAUAGAAGAUCAGGUUGCCUUUCUGCAGCUGCUCAAAAGCCAGUUUCCCCAAAGACUUGAUCAUUGUCCUGCUUUCUGGACUCCAGGGUGAAUCUGUCUCAGCCCCUCCAUCAUAUUUGACACUCUUCCGUUUGGUCUGAACCACUAGGAAGCGGAUGUACAUCUCAGUCAGGGUCUUGGGCAGCUCUCUUCCGUCUCUGAUCUUCAACACCUUCUCCAGAACUGUAGCAGUGAUCCAGCAGAAGACUGGGAUGUGGCACAUGAUGUGGAGGCUUCGGGAUGUCUUGA